UGUGUCUAUUAUGAAAUGGCGCUUAAUGGAAUUUCUGUACACAUGUCAUUUUUUCAGCAAAAAAAUUAUCGAAAUCUACCUAUAAACUCUCAACUUGAAAAGUUUUAAUAAAAAUAAUUGAUUCAAUAAUUGAACUAAUUGUUUGAAGUCUUCGUUUCUUAAUGUUUAUUCAUGUGACGUAACGCCGAUUUUUACAAGUUUCAGCUCUUCUUUUGAGAUGGACCAAAAUAGAAAAGUUAUACUUGCUGAAGUGAUAACCAAUAAAUCAAUAGAUGAAACCCCACAGGUAUUGGGCUAUAUUGAGCUAACUUCAUCUUUAAAAGUUGAAAGUAUAUUCAAACAUGUGCAGGAUUUAAUCACUGAACCAGAGGGAGCACUUGAAGAUAUUGAAAUUUUCUUAGAAGGAAAUGAGAAGGAGGUUUCGACUACAAACAAAGAUGAACAAACUGAGAGGUCAUACAAGGUGAAUUUAAGUCCUUAUAAAAAUAAAUUGCUGGAAGAUAUAGGAAUAUCAUGUGACUUCAAAACUGACUAUAAAAUAAAGGUCAUGAUGCCGAAACAAAAAAUGUCACUUGUUGUACAAGAAGUAAUUGAUGAUGACCUUCAACUUGGUGCUUCAGCAAGUCCUACUACAACGCUUUAUUUCAACGGUGAUCAGUUGCCACCUCUAACAAGUGAUGACGAAUAUGGUUUAUCAGCACCAGAACAAUCGCCUGUGGAUACAUUGAAUUAUGUAGGAUUAGUAAAUCAAGCUAUGACAUGUUAUUUGAACAGUUUACUACAAGCCUUGUAUAUGACUCCAGAAUUUCGUAAUGCACUGUACAAUUGGGAAUUUGAUGGCCAGAACGAAUCCAGAUCCAUUCCUUUCCAGUUACAGAAAUUAUUUUUGAAUUUACAGACCUCUUCCAAAUCUGCUGUUGAAACAACUGAUUUAACCACAAGCUUUGGAUGGCAAGGCAGUGAUGCCUGGCAACAGCAUGAUAUACAGGAGCUUUGUAGGGUGAUGUUUGAUGCUUUGGAACAAAAAUUUAAAGACACCAAACAAGCCAAGUUAAUAAAUGAUUUAUAUGAAGGAAAAAUGUUAGAUUAUGUCCGAUGCCUGGAGUGUUUAACUGAAAAAUCAAGAGAAGAUAAAUUCUUAGAUAUCCCCCUUCCUGUAAGACCAUUUGGAAGUCAAGUAGCAUAUAACAGUGUUGAAGAAGCAUUAAGAGCAUUUGUCCAGCCAGAAAUUUUAGAUGGGAACAAUCAGUAUUUCUGUGAGAAAUGUAAUAAGAAGUGUAAUGCCCAUAAAGGAUUGAAAUUCACUAAAUUCCCAUAUCUUCUCACAUUGCACUUGAAAAGAUUUGAUUUUGACUACAAUACAUUUCAUCGAAUAAAACUGAAUGAUAAAGUUGUUUUUCCUGAAAUGCUGAAUUUAAAUUCUUUCGUUCUGAGUAAAAGAACUGAAAAUGAUUAUAUCAUUGAAGAAAGAGAAAACAUAUCUAAAUGUGAUGACUGUUGUACUACAGAUUCAGGUUCAGCUCUUGAAGAUGAGGGCUGUCAGAGCACAGAUGCAUCAUCUACUGUUAAUGGACAAGACGUUAAUUGCAGUGAAAGUGAUGAAGGUAUUGAUGUCAGCUCUUGUAACAAUCUUAAAAAUGAACCCCAAGGACCUUACAUCUAUGACCUUUAUAGUAUCAUGAUUCAUUCUGGGUCUGCUACAGGGGGUCAUUACUAUGCAUAUGUCAAAGAUUUUGACAAACAGAAAUGGUAUUGUUUUAAUGAUCAAAGCGUAACAAGGAUAACUGAAGAUGACAUCCAGAAAACAUAUGGUGGUUCACCCCAUAGGGGAUAUUUCUCAGGGGCUUACAGUUCAAGUACUAAUGCCUAUAUGCUUAUGUACAGACAGAUUGAUAAAAAUAGAAAUGCUUCUGCUAUGUCAGUAGAUGAAUUCCCUAUGCACAUUAAAAAACUUCUGAAACAAAUGAAAGAGAAAGAAGAAUUAGACAGGAUAAACAAAGAGAAAGAAAAUGAUUUUGUGAAAAUCAACAUUUUCUGUUAUCAUCCAGUGGAAAAGAGACUUGUAGAUGCUAAAGUUGCUGUACUCAUUGAUAACACACUCCAAGAAACUGUUCACUACACAGCUCACCAGAGGUUCAAAUUAGAAGGUGUAGUCGCAAAAGAAGACUGUCGGCUUGUGAGAUAUAACAAGUUCCAAGACUGCAUUGACUAUAGCUUCGAAUCAGAUCAAACUAAAUUCUGUGAUAUCGAUUCCAAUUUUAAUCUUUCUAUGAGUGAUUGGCUCUUAGAGAUAAGGCAACCAAAUACUGAAUGGUCAAUAUACAGAGCAGGUGCUGUAAAUAUGAAAAUCUAUCCGCUCAAUCUGUUCACUGAAGAAUUGGAAGACCCUAAAAUUCUUCGUGUUAACGUGAAUGAAACUAUAGGGGAAAUAAAAUACAGAAUUUCUCUACUACUUGGUUCAUCUGAUCCCCUUCAGCUGGCACUGGAGAAAUUGGGUGAUCUUACGUAUUUUGAUAACGAUGAGCAAGUCAUCAACAUUGAUUCUAAAAAUAUUGAAUAUAAACUAUAUGUUGGAAACAUGAUAGAUGAAGAUCUUGAUAAAACCUUCCAAUUCUCCAAGUUUCGAAAAAUUAUUGAGAAAAUGCGACAAGUCAUCGGAUUAAGAAUAUUUUUACCAGAUGUGGGUUUAGGUGUGUUGGAGUCGCUCUCUAUUCCUACUUUAGAUCAAAACCAGAAUUCGAACAGGCUGGAUAUUGGUGCGGGAGAUCGAGCUGUGCCUUGUUGUGAUGGUCUAGGUGAUCAGAGUAACAGCGAAGAUAGCAGUUUGAGUGAUAGUGAUAGAACUCUAGUUGGUGAUACACCAGGUGAUGGAAUGGCAUUAUCCCCAAUAAAUUCUAAUUCACCAGGUGAUCAACACAUGGCUUCCCCAACUGACCCAUCAGAAGAUUCUUAUAAUCAUGAUGUUUUGGGUAAUCCUUCAGAAGAGAUGCACUGGGAUGACCAUGAAACUGAGGAAGAGCAGCAGCAGAAUCACUUAUAUUUCAAAAUGGUGUACAUUACAAACGAUGAUUGUAGUGGAUUCUAUCCAUUUACAAGACUCUGUAAAAUACUUGUGGAUAAGUGCAUAACAUUAGAGAAGCUAAAAAAGCAUUUAGAGCCAUAUGUGAAAGUACCUGUUAAUUAUUUCAAAGUUUAUAGACAAUAUACAACUCUCUCGAUCCCACCAGAGGAUGAGUGGUAUAAAUUGACUGACACCUUGAGAUGCAGGAAAGAUGGAGAUGUUCUCAGUAUCAAAUUGGGACGUGUACUUCAAGAAAAUGAACACAAUGCAAAAAUUUUCCUGCUGAGACCAAACCACAAGGAACCUAUAAGUUUUCUUUUUGAUUUUAUAAUAACUAAAGGACAAACAGUGGGUCAGGUACUUAAAGAAAUAGUGUACACAGCGAAAAAAAGGAACAUUUUAGAUUUGAACCAUCAAAAAUGUCGACUACGUGGAAAAAGUCUGAAAAAAGUGAAAAAAGUAUAUUUAGAAAAUCAAGUAUUUGGUGAAGAUAUAUUUAUGAUAGCAUAUGAUAUUGAAAUUUUCUUACAAGAGUUACCGGAGCCUGAAAAUGUAGUUAGUCUCAAUCAGUUCGUAAUAUUCCUAAGAAGAUGGAGACCUUCACUGCUACAUUUAGACCCUGUUGAAGAAAUUGUUUUGAAUUCCUCCUCCAUAGAAGAAAUGAAAGAAAAAAUUUCUCAGCUAUCUGGUAUUCCAUCGAAUCAUUGUGAAGUGGCAUUAGUGAAUGUUUGUAUUCCUGGUGAUAUGCAUCGAUUGCAAAUAAAUGACUUAGACUGGAAAACAAGUGCUAAGAAUAUUGAUGGUCAUCCCUUGUAUGCCAGUGAUGGUUCAAUAUUUUAUUAUAGAGAUAACAGAGAGCCUCUCAAAAUGUUAACAACUGAAGAAAGGAAGGAAAUAAAUUUGCAAGAAAACAAACGCUUAGGUUUACAAAGUAGUAUUAAAACUUACUCACCUGGUAAAGAGAGGGCUCUAAAAAUAUAUGUAGAUACAUCGCCUAAUAAAAAAAAUUGUAUAGAUUGACCAGCAGAUAAUCUGCAUUCGAUUUUCUACUGUGUACUGAAUUAAUGGUCUAAUGAUUGUUUGUAUCAUAAUUAGUUUUUGUUGCAUCGUGUUUAUCCAUCAAGAUUUUACCGCAAUAUCAUUGUUUGCAUCUUUGUUAUCAUUUUUAAUUUUAUCGCCUUCUGAAUGGACGUCUUUUGUAAUUUAUUUAAAAGUGUAAUAUACCUUGUUUGUGAUGCCUGCUAGUAUUUAUUAUAACAAAUGAAGGUGGGUUUGAAAGAGAGUUUCUGUUAUGGAGCAAUUUUUUUCAAAUUCUGUUCAACUUCAAUUGAUUUACUUGUAUUAUGAUAGCUCCCUAAAGUAUUUGUUAGGCAAUUGUUGUUUCAAAGAGUAAUGUUGGAAUUUGGUUAAUAAUUUCGAAAUUUAUCCUCUGUUAUCCUAGUACCAAUACAUUUUUCAUUUAAUUCUUUCAAGUGAAAUUCCUCAAAAUGCAAAUUGCACAAAUGUAUCUAUUUUCAAAACUUCAUUCAACAUGAAUUAAUUUUGAGGAAGAUCAUGGAACUAUUCGAAAAAUCAUCUAUGUGAUAAUAUCUGGCCAAUAGGUUUUUGAAAUAAAUGCUCGAAUGAUAUUCUUUCUCAAGUUUGUAUGAUAAUAAUUUCAACUUUUCAAAAAUAAAUUUCUCUUGAAUA